CUUUGCUGCUUGUUGUUGCAUCUCCGCAAUCCUCUUCAAAUACCAUUCUCUUUCGGCCUGCGAGGGGUUGAGGUGGUCGAGCAUCUUAAGCCUAUGCUCGUCGGAUCCAUUGGAUAUAGAGACCUCACCUGGGGUGCUGAGGUGUGCAGAGUUGAAGCCAUGAAGAUCGAGGAUGACCUUCUCAGUUUUGGCUACAAUCUUUUCCAUUUCCCGAUUCUGCAAUGCUGCCUGCUUGAUGAUGUCGGAUAUAUCUUUGGCGUAUGCUUGGAUAAUGGGGUCUUCGUCUUCUCUGAGUGUUGCCCAUUUAGACACGAUCAACGCCCAGUCCGAGAAGAGCAGGUUCUCGAUGAGGAAAGGAGACUGCGAGUUGGUGGCAUUGUGAACCUUCAGGAGAAUCUGCCCUGGAAGGGCGAGCAUGGCGAUCUGUGCGUGUACGCUGGGGGGCGCGAGGUGGAUGAAGGUUUUGGCUUUCUUUGCGAGCUCAUGGUGCCAUCCAUUGGCUGCUUCAGUGUCGUCCUGCAGGAACGAUUGGCAGACAUGGUGAUAUGUCGUGGGCAAGUGGCAGGCCGGACGGUGGUUAUUUACGAGAUGACAGAGCAUCGAGAUUUUCGUCCGGAGCGGGAUUUUGGCUUCGUCACCGCCGACAAUCGAUAUGGGUUUCGUCGGUAUGAAGUGGAUGCAAAUGGGUUAUUGGUGCUACGCUUAGAGUUAGGUUUCGGCUAUGUGGGCGCGGAUUUGCGUGAUGCAUCUGUUUUCGUUACCAAGAGGAUUUGGGCUGAGCAUGAGCACAUUCACACUGUGAAGCAAAACAAGCUUGGCUUUGCGAAGGUGGCACAACUGGUUGAGAUUACGACUUAUCUCAAACGAGCUUCGUGCAGGCAGCAUGGUGGUGGGUAUGUUCUACCGUGGAUCAUGGACGACCACGAUGACCAUAGACCUUGUGGGGCUGCGGGGGAGGACAGGGAGGACGGUGAUCCACAACAAGCGGCGUGGGGGGCGAGACCGGUUGGGACCUUCAGCGAUGAGGAGUUGAGGAGGCCGAUUGUCAUGUUCACACACGAUGGCACAGCCUCUCCGCGAAAGGCGUCUGUCGUUUUUGGUGAGAGGGCGACCACAUUAUUGCCUUACGAUCAUGUGCCUCCUCCCGCACAGGACGCUGGCGUUGAGGGUGUGCAGACUGGGAAGGACGACUGGACGGACCCGGAGGACCUUGCGCCGGGAGGGGACAAGUCCGUGAAGCAGGUUUAUUUCACCUAUGGCGGAGGAUCCAACGGGCUUGCAUCUCGGACAUCAGUCAUCACUAACGACGCCUUAGGCCCGAAACAGGGAGUUAAAGACGAGUGGAGCCCUGAAGGUCGCUCGACUCAGCCAUCAAGCAGCACGGCCACAAACCUUCCCCUACGCACGAGGAAGGUUAUAAGGGUCGACUCGAGGGAGGAUGAGCCCGAGACAGAAGAGCGUUUGAGGGAUGCUCGGUUUGAUCCUAGCCACCACUCGUUCGAGCAUUCACAGCUCCUACGUCGAUCGGCGAGGUUGGCAGGUCAGGGAGGUGUGGCGUCGCAGCACCUAGAGGACAUCCCACUCAAGGAGCGUACUACGCUCACUCCGUCACACGACCGUGAUCUUCAGGACACCCACGACACGCCUUCUUUGUUGCGGACCAGCAAUUUCGACAUCAGGCGGUGGGUGGUUGUCUUGCAGACGAGUUACGGACUGUUUGAGGAGGGAUUACGAGAGGGGACAAGGGUUUUUUGCACGAGGUCCGGCGGCGGGGGCAGAUGUUGGUGACGCGGGCGUUGCAUUCGUACGACGACCCAGUGUGCACAUGACAACACGUAUCCUGGGAUUGCCGGAGAGACAGACGUGGAGGCAGGUAGUUUUCCCGGACCAGGUGUUGUUGAAGAUAGACGUCGAGGAUUGCCUUAGGCUCAGGAGGGUGAUUUACAUAUGCCCGCAGGGGCGAGACGUCACGGAUCUAUCAGUGGCCUAGAGGCUCAGAUUGUUAUCGAGCGACAGCGUCUAGAGGACUUGGUUCGAGAGCGUGACGGGCUGGUCGAGACAGACACACACGAGGACGAGGCCGACACAAAGACAGAGCCAUCGACAUUGUAGCUCGGAGGGAUAGGGCCACGAAGGCAGCGGCUGAGGCGGCAAGGGAUCCGCAUGCCCAACCUCG